UCUGUUGCUGUGUUUAAUCCUCAUCCGCUGCAGCACUGAGCAGCGGAAUGCGUGGAGGGAAGCUUUUCAAACGUACCCUUAAACGAUUUCUUUAAUACAAUCAAUUAUUUCGUUUGUUUUAAUCUGCUGCUGAUAUUUACCCGAUUUUGAACUGAUAUUUGAAUUGCACCAUGAACAGUUUGUGGGGACCACCCGAUCUCGAACCUUUGGAAUGGUGGGCAACACGCAGUCGAGGAAUGGAGAGCUUCUAAAAGCAGAUGGAGUUCGGGAUUUAUUGCAAAAUACGGGAAAGAUGACUGUCUUUUCAUUGUGUCUCCUCUUGUUCGCACAUCUACUUGAUUUAUCCGUGGGAUAUUUGACCGUCACCAUCGAACCCCUCCCAGCUGUUGUCGUUGGAGACACAGUGACGUUGAAGUGCAACUUCAAGACUGACGGCAGAUUGCGAGAGAUUGUCUGGUUUCGGGUUACAGAGGGGGGUACCAUUAAGCAGAAGAUCUUCACUUACGAUGCCAUGUUCAAUACCAAUUACUCCCACAUGGAGGACUAUCGAAGACGUGAAGACCUGGUUUACCAAUCAACAGUCCGGCUGCCUGAGGUACGAAUUGCAGACAAUGGCCCAUAUGAGUGCCACGUGGGCAUCUACGACCGGGCCACAAGAGAGAAGGUGGUGCUGGCAUCAGGAAGCGUCUUUCUCGAUGUGAUGGCGCCCCCUCUGUCCAUUUCUGUGGUUGCAGCAGACACUCCAGCACCAUUCAGCCGGUAUCGGGCCCAGAAUUUCACCCUGAUGUGCAUCGUCUCUGGAGGAAAGCCGGCCCCAGUGGUAUACUUCAAGCGGGACGGGGAGGUGAUUGAGGUGAUCCCCUACAGCCAGGGCGGGGGUGAGGGCGGGAGUUUGGCUGGGGUUAGGGGCCCCAGGCCGCUGAUCAGCCGUGACCUGGACGACACCAAGCUGCGGAAGUCUCUGUCCCUCCUGGAUGUGGACGGCAAGCCGGCCCGGCUGUACACAGAGAGCCCUGCCCGCGGCUACACGGCCAGGUUGGAGCCCAGCCCCGCCACCGAGACCAUCCCGGAGACGGUGGUGAGCCGCGAGUUCCCACGCUGGGUGCAGAGCAGCGACCCGCUCUACUACUUCCACAACACGCUCGUCCCACUGAAGAACGGCACCUCCGAGGUGCGGGCCAUGCUCACCUGGACUCUCAACCCCCAGCUGGACAACGACGCCCUGUUUAGUUGCGAGGUCAAGCACCCCGCACUCUCCAUGCCCAUGCAAGCCGAGGUCACGCUGGCGGCCCCCAAAGGCCCCAGGCUCUCCAUGACCCCCACCAGAGCAAAGGUAGGGGACACAGUUCGCAUCACCGUCCAAGGCUUCCAGGUAGGAGCAGUUGGGAACGAGGUAUUUCCUGAGCCCCUCUUCACCUGGACCCGGGUCGGGGGUCGCCUGCUGGAUGGAAGCGCAGAGCGGGACGGGAAGGAGCUAGUGCUGGAGAGGGUGCCAGCUGAGCUCAAUGGAUCCAUGUACCGCUGCACGGCCCAGAAUCCUCUGGGCUCCACGGACACUCACACGCGGCUCAUCGUCUUUGAAAACCCUAGCAUGAGGAAAGGUGCACAGAGUCAAAUCAAUGCAGCAUCCUGUAACGGCAUUAGAGGACUGACAGUGAUGGCGAUGAUCCUCACAGUGACUCUAGAGGUGACGUGAGCUCCAAAGGUGGCGGAGCACUCCCAGGCCUUUUUCAGACGCCCGCCAGCCCCUCUGUCUGUCCGUCCGUCUGUCUGUCUGCCGGGACGCAGCACGAACCCCAGAGAGCCCUCCACUUCCUGAUUUUUUUUUUUUUUUUUUUGUAAAAU